AUGAGCUCUCCGGAGGAAUCUGCCCCACAAACUACCUUCUCAUCCGCUGGGAUCACCAGUGAUUCUACUCCUGCCGGAGGCUCUGCCUAUACUCGGCCACAGCCCUCACAAAGUGAUACUGACAACCUCAAACGAAACAUAGUCGGCGUGGGUGGCUGGGUUCCAUCCAAACUCAAUCUACCAGACAAGUUCUCUGUCAGUUCCGAAUCACUCGCCUCAUGCCCACAUCAGCAAUGCGGUUAUCUGCUGUGCGGAGAAGUACGCGUGCAGAAAGAUGGCGAGCUAGUUCAUGUCCAGCGAUCCACGGGGCUGCCAGACAAUCCAAUCAUGCAGUAG